GCCAGCACACGGCAGAUAGUAGAGAAGGAGGCGCAGAUAUUAUAUAGUCAAUCAGAGAUCUCUGUGAAACUGCCCAAACAGAAAUACCAUUCCAAUUAAUUCUACGUCUUCUCCACAUACUCCUAUUCUGUUCCCUAUUCUCUAGAGAUACACGCAUUUACUCACAGUUCACCGCACGGACAACAACGACGACAACAAUGGCAGGCUACGGGAACCGCACAGCACCAGACUACGCCGCAGAAGACCUCCAAGACCAACACACCAACACCCGUCUCGGCCUUAUAGAUUCAAAUACUGCCUACCAUGAGCCCCAUGAAAAACACGGUUCAGGCAUAACAGGUGGUGCUGGUUUCGGAAACAAACGCUCCUCAUCUACCCCUUCAACCGACAAUUCUGAAUUCCGCUUCGGCUCCCACUCAGAUACGGCACCGUAUUCAAACGCCACGCCCAUGGGAAGCGGCUCCACGGGUGGUGCAGGGUAUGGGAAUAAAACCGGUGAGAUGAGCGGGCCAGGUCAUGAUUCCAUGAUGGGAAAGGUGGUGGAAAAAGUCGGUGGAAUUAUGAAGAACGAGAAACUAUCGGAGAAGGGAAGGGUGAUGCGAGAGAAGGAGGGGUUUGGCAGUGUGCCGGAAUAGGGCGGUAUAUUGUUUCCUACAACGGAGUAU